AUGACCUCGAUGGCGAAGCUCGUCACAACGCAUCGACACAACCAAGCUAAUAUGAUAUUUAAAAACCAAACACUUGAUUAAUUUGGCUGCAUGGAGGCUCAACGCAGGAACCAAAGACGUCCGGAUCCAGACAGCGCAGCUUCCAACACGGUCAGAAAGAUGAACAAUAACUGAAGUCUGGAGCUGCGGAGCGAGACGCCGGUUCUGCUCCGGCUGUUGGACCGCCGCUACUGGAGGUGACAUUUCAGACGGAGCCGCUGAACCUCCAGACUGAACUGUCACAGCGAGCAGCAGCUGAGCUGCAGCAGGAACCUGAACCUGGUUUUAUGUGGUCAAAUAUGUCUGUUACGUCUAAAUUAGGUCCAUUUAUUGCAGAUAAUUUGUCUGUUUUGUCAGAUAACAGAAUCAUUUCUACCUAAAGCGAAAAAUUAACAGGCGAUCGGCAGAGAUCAGAGCAUCUUUAACAAUAACCUUAAUCAGAACCUCCUGACCCGUACCAGAACCUCCUGACCAGAACCUCCUGACCCGUCUGUUUGCUGCCAGAAUGCGUGGUGAUGCCAUCGGAGGAGCAGAGCUGCGUCAGCGUGAAGCUGCAGAGCAGAGACAGAUCUUCCUCCCAGCUCUUCUUCGUCCACAGAGAGGCGCCGCUGAGCUCCGUGUUCUCCCAGUACCUGUCGCGGCUCCCCGCCGGCGCCCGCAGGUCGGUCCAGUUCCACUUCGACGGCUCCAAGGUGGCGGGCAGCCAGACGGCGGCGCAGCUGGAGCUGGAGGACGGAGACAUCAUCGAAGUUUGGACCUGAAGCUUCGCCGCUGGCUCGGUUCUGUGGGGCUCGGAAACCAUCAAACCCUCUGGAGUCCAGUUGGUUGGUCAACAGGUUCCGACUCCACAGCUGCU